AUGUUCAAGAAAGUGUUUCGGAAACGUCCGCAGGACCUCUAUGCGGACUCUGAACUCCAUAGAGAGUCGUUCUCUACCCAUGGCGAGAAAGGACCUGGUGAUGUCGUGGACACGCCCGUCCCGCUGUUAACAUGGCGUUCAUUCACCAUGGGCGUCUUCGUCUCGAUGGGAGGUUUCCUGUUCGGUUACGAUACUGGUCAGAUCUCGGGUUUCCUUGAGAUGCCCAAUUUCCUGCAACGAUAUGGCGAACUUCAACCUGAUGGCACUUAUGGAUUUAGCAAUGUGCGCUCAGGUCUCAUCGUAGCUUUGUUAUCUAUUGGCACCCUGAUGGGAGCUCUGGUCGCUGCCCCAAUUGCCGAUCGCGUUGGACGGAAAUGGUGUAUCAGUGGCUGGUGUGGAGUGGUGUGCGUUGGAAUCACCGUUCAAAUUACCUCGCCCAGUGGCAAGUGGUACCAGGUCGCCAUAGGCCGUUGGGUCGCUGGACUUGGCGUCGGUGCUGUUUCACUGCUCGUGCCAAUGUAUCAAGCCGAGUCAGGACCGCGUCAUAUUCGAGGAUCACUCAUUAGUACCUACCAGCUGUUCAUUACCCUUGGAAUCUUCGUUGCCAACUGCAUCAACUUUGGAACCGAGGCCAACGCCGACACUAGCUCAUGGCGUAUUCCCAUGGGCAUCACAUACCUCUGGGCCAUAAUUCUUGGUACUGGCAUGCUGUUCUUCCCGGAAAGUCCGCGUUAUGACUACCGUCAUGGCAAGGUCGAGAAAUCCAUGAACACCCUUUCCAAGAUCUAUGGUAUCCCUCGCAACCACCGUGCUCUCCAUAUCGAGUUUGAUGAGAUCAAGGAUAAGUAUGAGGAGGAAGUGCGUAAUGGAAAAGCUGGUUGGAUACAACUGUUCCGGGCUCCGACCAUGUCAUACCGGGUGGCUGUUGGUGUCGCCUUGCAAGCUCUGCAGCAGCUGACAGGUGCCAACUACUUCUUCUACUAUGGAACAACCAUCUUCCAAGGUGCCGGUAUCCAAAACAGCUACGUGACCCAGAUGAUUUUGGGCGGCGUAAACUUUGGAACCACCUUCCUUGGCCUCUACCUGAUUGAGCACUACGGUCGCCGUCGUUCUCUAAUUGCCGGCGCCCUAUGGAUGUUCGUUUGCUUCAUGAUCUUCGCUUCAGUAGGCCACUUCCUACUCAAUCGCGAUGACCCAGAAUCAACCAAAACUGCCGGUGUGGUAAUGGUAGUAUUCGCCUGUCUGUUCAUCCUCGGGUUCGCAAGUACAUGGGGACCAAUGGUCUGGACCAUCAUCGCCGAGCUCUAUCCAUCCCAAUACCGCGCGAAGGCUAUGUCACUCGCAACAGCAUCAAAUUGGCUCUGGAACUUCCUCCUUGCAUUCUUCACCCCGUUCAUCACCGACGCAAUUGACUUCCGCUUCGGAUACGUCUUCGCAGGAUGUCUAUUCCUCGCCGCUGGCUUGGUAUACGUCGCCGUUAUAGAGGGACAGGGCCGGACCUUGGAGGAAAUUGAUACAAUGUAUCUGAUGAAAGUCAAGCCAUGGAAGAGCUCUAAGUUCGAGUUCCCUGCCGAUCCGAACAUCAUCCGUGGUUCGUUUGAUAAGGGAGGUGAUCAACCAGCGUCGGCUCAUAUUACUGAUCCUACUACUGAGUUGCGUGAGGAUGGGACAACUGUACCGGAGACUGUGCCUGAGACCCGUGCAUAG